UCACCUAAAAUGGAAAACUCAUCUCGUGAAAUAUUUUUUUUUCUCAGUACUUUAAACGACACAAAAUCAAACAAACUGAUUUAUUUUUCCUGUUCAUUUAUCAUCUACUUGCUUACAAUUUUUGUUAACUUGACUCUGGUUGUGACUGUUAUGCUGGACAGAGUUCUGCAUGAGCCCAUGUACAUCUUCCUGUGUAAUCUGUGUAUCAAUGGGAUUUAUGGUGCUACAAGUUUUUACCCAAAGUUUCUGUUGGACCUCUUAUCAGAAUCUCACAUUAUCUCAUACAAUGCAUGCUUAGCUCAAAUUUGUUUGGUUUACACAUAUGUGUUUUGUCAGCUUUCCAAUCUAACAGUAAUGGCUUAUGACAGGUAUGUUGCAAUAUGUAAACCCCUGCAGUAUCACUCCAUUAUGACCCAGGGGAAGGUGGGGAAAUUGCUGCUGGUACCCUGGCUGAUAUCUUUUUGUGAGACAUUAGUUGGGUAUAUCUUGAUGGCUAAGUUACCUUUGUGUGGCUUCAAAAUUGAUAAACUUUAUUGUACCAGCUGGGAUGUGGUGAAGCUCUCCUGUGUAGACACCAGUGUGAAUAAUCUAUAUGGAUAUACAAUAGUCAUCUCUCAUUUCAUCCAAGCACUACUGAUUGUAAUCUCCUACUCCCACAUCAUCAGGACAUGUGUGCGAUCAAAAGCAGAACAGAGCAAGUUCAUGGAGACCUGUCUGCCCCAUGUGAUCACUCUGACUACCUUCUGUCUAUCUGCUGCAUUUGAUGUCUUAUAUGCUCGUUAUGGAUCCAGCAGCAGCCUGCAGGGUCUCCGUAACUUCUUCUCCAUAGAGUAUCUGAUCAUCCCUCCUCUGCUGGACCCCCUCAUUUACGGCCUGAAGCUGAAGCAGAUUCGUCGGAGUGUCUGGAGGCUGCUCAGCAGGAAAGUCAGUGCCCUGACAUAG